CGGACUUUAUGAUUACAUCAGAGAAGUCGGGCCUACCGGUGAGAUUUUAGACCGGUGCACGUUGAGCAAAGAUUACUUUACCAAAAAAUAACAUCAAGAAACAUGCCUAGCUGGUUCGGCAUCGAUCAUCGGACACUGGCUGUUGGGACAGUAGCCCUAACUUCAGGCGUCGCUGCUUUCUCUACUUAUAAAUGGUUGUCAGAGAGGAGAAGGCGUGCCGCCGACAACGUGUACGAAUCAGAAAAACUGUUAAGUGAAUAUUUGGUGUUCCACUUUGGGUCACAGAAAGAUGUUCUGCGAUAUGACUUUGGUCCAGUUGAUGCUCUUGACUUCCCCAAACGAUGUGCGGAUGUCUGCCUCAAGCACACAGAUGGGUUAGAGUCACGUAUUCCCUCCAGAGCGCUAGAUAUUGGGUGUGCUGUAGGCAGAUCAAGCUUUGAGUUAGCCAGGAAGUUUAAGGAAGUGAUCGGAAUAGACUACAGUCAAUCAUUUGUGGAUGCCUGUAUCCACAUGAGGGAUCUCCAGGAAAGAGUUUACUUUGUUCAAGAUGAAGGACAGCUCUCCACACCUCAUUUGGCCAAAGUUGCUGAUGAUAUUGACCGAUCCAGGACCAGCUUCCAGCAGGGGGAUGCAUGUGACCUUGCCCGUGACCUUGGCCAGUUCGGAUGUGUACUUGCUGCAAACUUGAUAUGUCGUCUCCAUCAGCCAUUUAACUUCCUUCGCAGACUUAAGGAGCUGGUGGCACCUGGUGGCAUCCUAGUAAUUACCUCCCCUUAUACCUGGCUACAGGAGUUUACUGACAAGAGUGUCUGGUUGGGAGGUUAUAAUGACAAAGACGGUAACCCAGUGACCGGAUUUGAGACCCUUAAGAAGGAAUUUGGACCACACUUCGACUUGGUGGAAGCCAUGAAUAUGCCAUUCUUUAUUAGGGAAACUGCACGCAAAAAUCAGUGGACAGUGGCCCAUUGUACGGUUUGGAAGAGGAAGACAAACUAGUCAGACUUUUACAUAUAACAUGUAAAAUCAAACAGGAAAUAAAUGUCAAUAUUUACUGUCGACAGUAGAUGUUUAACGCUUAUAAAUGUAAACACUCAGACAUAUCAUUCACAUGGAUCGGUCAUGAAUUUUGAUGUGAUACACUUUAUUAAUGAAAAGUCCCUCCAGUUAUGGUACAUUGUGACAUUGUCAUUGUAAUCAAAUUAUAUAUUGUAUCUAAAAGAAAUACUGAAAAAUUAUUUAUUCUCAUUUGGAUAUUUUGUCAUAGGUUUAUUUCGAGACAUAUACAUGUAUAUGUAUAUCAGAAUUAAUUAAAUUUUUUUUUUUUUUUUUUUUUUGUAAAUUUUUUGUCCCCACUGAUUUUCAUUUAAAUGAUAAAUAUCAUAAUUUUUAUUGGGGUUGUGAGUUUAAAAUAGCUACAAAAAUCAAGUGGAUAUUACUUUUAAACUACAAUGUAUAGUCAUAUCUAUCCUAGUGAAGAUAAUAUGUUUAACUUUUGGGUCAUAAAAUUGGUUUAUAAGGACAAUUUUUUUACCAAAACUUACUUGAUGGUUGAUGGAAUGUAUUUUAUCUCUAGUCAUUUCAAUAUGAACGUCCCCCCCCCCCCCCCCCCCCCAAUCCCCCCCCCCCCCCCCCCCCCCCCCUCCCUUUAUAUUUCUGUAAUUUAAGAUUUUAAAAAUAUUGUCAAAAAAACUGUCAAGAACACUUUUGUAAGUGUCGCCAUUUUUGUAAGUGGUUGCUAUUUUCGUAAAUGAUGCUUUUUUGUAAGUGGUUGCUGUUAUCUUAAAUAAUGCUUUGUUAUAAGUGGAUGCUAUUUUUGUAUGGUAAGUGGAUGCUAUUUUUCUAGUACGCAACAACUGGAUAAAGUACUCCAGUACAAAAUCAUAAAA